AUGUCCCUCUCAAACCCUCUCAACCUCAUCCUGAUCCCGCCAAUCCUAUACCUCCUUUACCGUCGCCUUGUCCCUUCGCUCCCGUCCACCCCUUCGGUGCUACCGAACAAGUACGACGAGAAUGUAUACAACUGGAUGCCAGCGCGUCACCCAGAUGUGCUCUGCCACAAGUCGUACACUCCGGUGGAGCUGGCAGAGCUGGACGGGAGGAAGAACCCAAAUUGUGGGAUAUGCCUCGCGAUCAUGCGGGUUGGGGGAGAUGGGAAGGUGUCGCCGGAGCUUGAGCGGACGGUCUUUGACGUCUCAGCCGGAGCAAGCUUCUAUGGGCCUGAUGGAGUGUAUGGCAACUUUGCAGGGAGGGACGCUUCGAGAGGGAUGGCGAAGCAGUCUUUCGAUGACGAUAUGUUGACACCGAUCGAACAACCCUUGGACGCGCUGGCCGACUUGACACCAUCUGAGAUAGAUAAUAUGCGCGGCUGGCACGAUCACUUCUCGCGCAAGUACAUCAUCUGCGGCGACCUUGUCAAUGCGUCGUCCAUGUAG